AUGGAGCCUGCCCGGGACGCACCUUGGGCAGAGCACGAAAAGGUAUACCUUCUGGCCGAAAUAAUCAAGGCGGCGCCAAUACCGUCCCAUGUCUUGUACGGCCUCAUUCGCGACUCCAACAUCCAGCCCAAAUGGAACGACAUUGCCCUGCCUCACGCCUAUUCGACCCCCGACUACAGGCGGGCCCCUCAACUACCCACUCCCAUCGUCUAUUCUGGCCCCGAGAUACCGAAGAAGCGCACCCACCAACCAGAGACACAGACGCCAAUUGGCCGCCUUCUCCAACCUCGCCCCCCACACACAUUUCCUCAAGAAUUCGUGAGCGGCCCCACCUAUCAUCAAAUGACCCCGGCCGGUGAGCCAGCAAACAAGAAGAAGCGGGGUCGACCGACGAGGGCAGAAGCGCAGGCAAGAGCGGACGCGGCUGCAGCACGCGGCGAAGUGUAUCCACCACCUCGGACGAAGAGAGCAUCAGUAACGGCACCAGAACCACACCUCGGGGAAGCGCGACCGCUCGGGGGGACUCCACCUGGCACGCUCGCGGGUCCCCCCGGAGCAUCGACUACUCCGCAGCAGCCUCCGACAGAGCGAGCAGCAGAAUCAUCUUCUGGGAAAAAGAAGCGCAGCAAGCCUACACCACUGGAGUUAGAGAAGUCACAGAGAGAACCAAGUGAAACAGAAUCGCCCUCGGCCUUUGGAUCAGCACUUGGAGACCCAAGGAGCAGUCGAGCGUACUCGACCUUCACACCCAUAUCCGCCCCCCUACCAUCAGCAACAGAACCGAGGGAUCGAGACCUACGAAUGGAAGGAGUUGAAGAAUCGCAGCCCCGAACUACCACCCCUCACUCGUUUAAAGAUACAGUCGGCAUAUAA